AUGCUGCAGCACAAGAAGCACCAGGAGUGUGGCAAACCUUAUCCCUUCAUCUGGGACAACGAUGCAAACUACGACGACACCUUGGCAUUCUUGUAUUUGGCGCACAGCGAGAACCUGGAUUGGAAGGCGAUCACUAUUGAGUCCGAUGGGAUGGGAACCCCACAUGGAGGGCCUACAAACAUUGCUGCUGUGGCCCAGUUGGUGGGCUUGAGCCAUGUUCCCAUUGCAAUGGGGGGCCUCUCCAGCCUGAGUCCAAUUGCAACGAUGCCUUUGCAGUGGCGUAUCGAGACCGAUGAGUUCUUUGAGCGUCAGUACGAGUCCAAGAUCUUGAACAUGACUGACAAGGCAAUUGUGGACAAGACCGCGCCGCAGCUGAUUGUGGACAUCUUGAACACAUCGGCGUGCCCCGUGGUCAUUCUGACCACAGGGCCAGCAACAAACGUGGCGGAAGCGCUAGACAUGGCUCCAUCUCUUGCGAGCAACAUCCGCGAGAUCCACAUGAUGGGCUCUGCCUACGGUGUGCCGGGCACCAACAAUGUCUACGAUUGGCAGAUGACAUACAAUGGUGUGAAAGGCUCCUGUACGGAAGACGCGGGCCAAACCUACACCGGCCUUUCCCCUCCACUCAUCAAGAACGGCACGAAGAGCUUGAUUCGUCCUGAAUGCCGAGGAGUUGACAUGUCCGCCCAUGGCGACACCGAGUGGAACGUCUUCAUGGAUGUACGCGCCUGGCGUAUGGUCUAUGGCUUUCUGGCAUCUUCUCCUGCAAAUGUCUAUGUCUUGGCUGCAAAUGCCACGCUCAACAUGCCCGUGACACUGGAACAGAUGGAGUUGUAUGCAUCGCAGCUGGCGGAUCCAGAUCUUCGAAUCUUUGUCACGGAGCUGGCCAAGGCAUUCCUUGAAGCUGGAGAGGCCAAGUGGUGGGAUGCUCAGUGUGCGGUCGCGAUGGACCAAGUCUUGUCCGGGCAGAGCAUCGGUGUUUGCUCCAACUGGGCUGAGAAGAAGAAGACCAGUGUAUCCUUGAUUUGGCGAUCCAAUCUCACGGAAGGUGAGCUGAAUCCUUAUGGCAGCGUCUAUGACGAUGCUGAUGCCCAUGCUCCUUUGAUUGACUACUGCUUGGAUGGCAACGUCACUCAAAUGUGGGAGGUGUAUUGGCCCCAGGUCAAUGAGACCAACUGA